AUGGUGGUUCCAUCUCCGUACCGUACCGCAAUCAUUGAUUGUGUCAAAAGCGGAAUGACAAAUUCAGAGAUCGUUAAAAAGCUGAAAGUGUCUCGUUUUCUUGUUUUUCGAACUGCACAACGCUAUCGGCAUCUCGGUACUUCAGAUGACAUCCAAAGAAGGGGAUUUCCAGUCACCGUCACGACUCCAGAAGCCGUCAAAGCCGUUCGAGAGAAAAUCAGACGCACUCCGGAAAGAAGCAUGA